ACAUAAUUUAUGAAAACUUACGAGCGUCGUAUAGCUUGUCUAGCUGACAGCGAAUAGGACGGACCAGCCAAACUUGGGGAGAAGCAUACCUAACCAAGGCGUAAAGAAACAAAGAACACUCUUCGAAUUUCAUAAAGAUCCAGACUAUUUAUUUUGGUGACUGUCAAGAUGCCUGUUAUUAGAACUCUCAGCAAGGUGGCUAAGCAGGCCCUCCUGAACCCAGGAUGUGGCUGUCAGCCAAUCACAGUGGCCGUACGGACCAUCAGCUUCUCGCCCCGCCAGGUCACCUCGGACGCCAGCUUCCACUCCGUGUCCUUCUCCGAGACGGACCACCCCAAGGUGCUCAUCACAGGUGGCCUUGGACAGUUGGGAGUAGGGCUGGCUAAAAGGUUGAGGAAGCGGUUUGGAAACAAGAAUGUAAUCCUGUCAGAUAUCAGGAAGCCUCCAAGCCACGUUUUCUACAGCGGCCCCUUCAUCUACUCUGACAUCCUGGACUAUAAGAACCUGCGUGAGAUUGUGGUGAACAACCGCAUCACGUGGUUGGUCCAUUACAGUGCCCUGCUCAGCGCCGUGGGAGAGGCCAACGUAUCUCUGGCUCGCGACGUCAACAUCACUGGGCUCCACAACAUCCUGGACAUUGCAGCGGAGCACGGCCUGCGUCUGUUCGUCCCCAGCACCAUCGGAGCCUUUGGGCCCACCUCACCCCGGAACCCGACCCCUGACCUCUGUGUCCAGAGACCCAGGACCAUCUAUGGAGUGUCCAAGGUUCACGCAGAGCUCAUGGGAGAGUACUACCACCACCGCUACGGCCUUGACUUCCGCUGUCUGCGCUACCCAGGAAUCAUAUCUGCUGACUCACAGCCUGGAGGAGGAACGACAGACUACGCGGUAGCCAUAUUCCAUGAUGCCGUCAAAACGGGGAAGUUUGAGUGCAACCUGAAGCCAGACACGCGGCUGCCCAUGAUGUACAUCGACGACUGUCUGCGUGCCACCGUGGAGAUGAUGGAAGCGCCCGCAGACACCCUCUCCAUGAGGACCUAUAACAUCAACGCCAUGAGCUUUACCCCUGAAGAGCUGGCUCAGGAGGUCCAGAAACAGCUGCCGGACCUGGAGGUCACCUACGACAUUGAUCAAGUCAGACAGGCCAUCGCUGACAGCUGGCCAAUGAACUUUGACGACUCUAACGCGCGGAACGACUGGGGCUGGAAACACGACUACGACCUCCCGGAGCUCGUCCAGACCAUGCUCAACUACAUCGGCUCAGACUCGCGCAUCGCACAGACCAACUGAGGGGCCAGCGGUGACGUGCUUAUCGGUGUCAUGCUGGAUUAGUGUUGUUUCUUUGUACAUACUGUAAAAAAACAUUGUUAUAAAAGAGGGAGACAUGUGGUCUAUGAAGACUUGUUAGAGAGGAGGGAGACAUGUGGUCUAUGAAGACUUGUUAGAGAGGAGGGAGACACGUGGUCUAUGAAGACUUGUUAGAGAGGAGGGAGACAUGUGGUCUAUGAAGACUGUUGUUAGAGAGGAGGGAGACAUGUGGUCUAUGAAGACUGUUGUUAGAGAGGAGGGAGACAUGUGGUCUAUGAAGACUUGUUAGAGAGGAGGGAGACAUGUGGUCUAUGAAGACUGUUGUUAUAGAGGAGGGAGACACGUGGUCUAUGAAGACUUGUUAGAGAGGAGGGAGACAUGUGGUCUAUGAAGACUGUUGUUAUAGAGGAGGGAGACAUGUGGUCUAUGAAGACUGUUGUUAUAGAGGAGGGAGACAUGUGGUCUAUGAAGAAUUGUUAGAGAGGAGGGAGAAACGUGGUCUAUGAAGACUUGUUAGAGAGGAGGGAGACAUGUGGUCUAUGAAGACUGUUGUUAUAGAGGGAGACACGUGGUCUAUGAAGACUUGUUAGAGAGGAGGGAGACACGUGGUCUAUGAAGACUUGUUAGAGAGGAGGGAGACAUGUGGUCUAUGAAGACUUGUUAGAGAGGAGGUAGACAUGUGGUCUAUGAAGACUGUUGUUAUAGAAGAGGGAGACACGUGGUCUAUGAAGACUUGUUAGAGAGGAGGGAGACAUGUGGUCUAUGAAGACUUGUUAGAGAGGAGGGAGACAUGUGGUCUAUGAAGACUUGUUAGAGAGGAGGGAGACAUGUGGUCUAUGAAGUCUGUUGUUAUAGAGGAGGGAGACAUGUGGUCUAUGAAGACUUGUUAGAGAGGAGGGAGACAUGUGGUCUAUGAAGUCUGUUGUUAGAGAGGAGGGAGACACGUGGUCGAAAAAAGACGGUUGUUAUAGAGGAGGGAGAAACGUGGUCUGGAAAUAGUCACUGUUUUCUCUCUCUCCUCUCUGUCUUUCUCUGUCUGUUUCCGUCUGUCUCAGUCUGUGUGGCAGAACAAGCUACUACAAUGUAAAGGUUGGUCGCUCGAGAAAUAGACGUUUGACUCUCCCCUUCUGGGAAAAGAGGUUAGAACACAGGGUCUGUGAGAACAUGUUUAGAUGAAACAUCUCAGAGAGGUUGACUUGCACGGCUAUGAAUUGUUCACUCUAUUGUACCAUUGUGACAUUUUCAAGGCAAACAAUCAAAGAAUGUAGCAUUGGUCAAUCUUAAGUGCUUGAACCCUUCUUCUCUCUGUGGUGAGCUAUGUAAGGCUAUUGUAAAGGGGUUAACGAUUGUAUAAAUGUUUUUGAUAAGAGAAUUCAGGUAUCAGAGGGCCUAAAUGUAUGGCCAUAAUCACAUUAAGUUUAAGUUUUACUAGCAUAUAAGCAUUGUAAUUUGAUGCAGUUUAGAGUAAAGAGAGAAUGAUUGAAACCCUUUAAAAUCUUGUAUUAUUUUUUUAUCAUUGAACAGUUAUAAUUCUGCGUGUGUGUUUUAAUAUCGAUGUGUGGUAGCACCAGCUCACAUUUUUCUAUUAUUUUAUGUUAUUUCAGCUGGGGGGGUUUUUCUCCCACUGAUUUCAUUCUUGUAUGUAUUCUGUCUGCUGGUGAUAACGGACUGGGAAUGAUGUUGAAUCAAUGUGCUCCUUGCACUGCUUGUAUGUAAAGUGUGAAUGUUCCACAAAUGACUCUCAAACGACUCCCUAGAUAGUGUCCACCAUAUUCCUUAAAUAUUCCCUAUACACUAUAAAAGGGAUUUCCCAUUUGGGAUGCAUCCUAUUUGACUGUUUCCGUUAGUUCGUAAGUGAUCUGUCAGGGAUGUCCGUUUUCACUCUGUCUGUUCGUCAAAAUGGGUCCAUGUGGAUGUUAUUAAAAAGGGAAAUGGUUUUGUGGUGGUUGUAUGUUUUUCUUUUCGGACGCUAUCGUUGUAAAUGAAUUCAAUGCUUUCUGUGUGUAAGUCUGGAAACAAAUGUGUGUUCUUUCAAUCACAAAUCUGCUUUGUCAUUACAGUAUCUCUUUUCUGUAUCCUCUUAAUAUGACAUGUAUUUGUCAGGGACCGUGUUCAACAUGCCAUUGCACCAUCUUUAUAUAGAUGGUUCAUUUUCAUCUGUAGUCCCUGGGCAGAAAACAGUCAACAUUAAAACAUCAAUACAAUCCUACAGUA